AUGGCCAGCAAGCGGAAAUCUACGACGCCCUGCAUGGUCCGGACGUCCCAAGUCGUGGAGCAGGACGUGGCUGGGGAGGGAGACCGCGCCACCCAAGACAAAGCCGUGGGUGCGCCGCAGCCCGAAGUGGCCAGGGACAGCUGGCCGGUGGAGCCCGAGAGCUCUUCCAAAGAAAGCGACGUGCUUGAGGUCAAGGCCACGGGCGAGCCUGCGUGCAGGAAGCUCCAGGGCGGGUACGAGUGCAAGUACUGCCCCUUCUCCACGCAGAACCUGAAUGAGUUCACGGAGCACGUGGACCUGCAGCACCCCAACGUCAUCCUGAACCCCCUGUACGUGUGCGCCGAGUGCAAUUUCACCACCAAAAAGUACGACUCUCUGUCAAGCCACAACACCAAGUUCCACCCAGGGGAGACCAACUUCAAGCUGAAGCUGAUCAAACACAACAGCCAGACGGUGCUGGAGCAGUCCAUCGAGGCAGCCCCCCACGGGGUCACCGUGGGCCACUCGGGGGCCCCCUGCGCCGACAGCGACCCCGCCAUCGCCGUCAGCAAGACCCCCAUCAUGAAGGCCGCCAAGGCCAAGGCCGAGGCCAAGAAGGGGCCCCGCAAGCCCGAGGAGGCCGCGGCUGAGAACCAUGCCGAUGGGCCUGCACGCCUGGCGGCCGAUGCGGCCGAGCUCCUGUCCCGUCUGGGCGGCGUGGAGCUGCUGCAGGACUCGCUGGGCCACGUCAUGCCCUCCGUGCAGCUCCCCCCAAACAUCAACCUCGUCCCCAAGGUCCCCGUCCCGCUCAACACCACCAAAUACAACGCGGCCCUGGACACCAACGCCACCAUGAUCAGCUCCUUCAACAAGUUCCCCUACCCGACGCAGGCUGAGCUGUCCUGGCUCACGGCCGCCUCCAAGCACCCGGAGGAGCACAUCCGCAUCUGGUUCGCCACCCAGCGCCUCAAGCACGGCAUCAGCUGGUCCCCCGAGGAGGUGGAGGAGGCCCGCAAGAAGAUGUUCAAUGGCACCAUCCAGCCGGUGCCCCCCACCAUCACGGUGCUGCCCGCCCAGCUGGCACCCACCAAGAUGCCCCAGCCCAUCCUGCAGACGGCGCUGCCCUGCCAGAUCCUCGGCCAGACCAGCCUGGUGCUGACGCAGGUCACCAGCGGCUCCACCACCGUCUCCUGCUCCCCCAUAGCCCUCGCUGUGGCCGGGGUGACCAACCAUGGCCAGAAGAGACCCCUGGUGACGCCCCAGGCUGCCACCGAGCCCAAGCGUCCCCACCUCACACAGGUGCCAGAGCCACCCCCACCCAAGGUGGCCCAGCCGCCCCUGCCCCCGGCCAGCGACCGCAAGAAGACCAAGGAGCAGAUCGCCCACCUCAAGGCCAGCUUCCUCCAGAGCCAGUUCCCCGACGACGUGGAGGUCUACAGGCUCAUCGAGGUGACCGGCCUGGCCCGGAGCGAGAUCAAGAAGUGGUUCAGCGACCACCGGUACCGGUGCCAAAGGGGCAUCGUGCACAUCACCAGCGAGUCCAUUGCCAAAGACCAGAUGGCCCUGGCAGCCACCCGGCACGGUCGCACGUACCACGCGUACCCAGACUUUGCCCCACAGAAGUUCAAAGAGAAGACACAGGGCCAGGUGAAAGCCCUGGAGGACAGCUUUUUGCAAAGCUCCUUCCCAAGCCAGGCGGAACUGGAGCGGCUGCGGGUGGAGACGAAGCUGAGCAGGAGGGAGCUUGAGGCCUGGUUCUCCGAGAGGCGCAAGCUCCGCGACAGCAUGGAGCAGGCAGUCCUGGAUGCCAUGGGGCCUGGCAGGAAGGGCCCGGACGCAGCGGCCCCCAACGGGACCCUGCCCCGGCUCGAGCAGCCAGCUGGCACCCUGCUGCCCGCCGCCGUGCCGAGCCCUGUCCCGGCCAUCACCAGAAGCCAGGAGCAGGUGCGUCUCCUGCGGGGCACCUUUGUCAGGACCCAGUGGCCCACCCCGCAGGAGUACGACCAGCUCGCGGCCAAGACCGGCCUGGUCCGGACUGAGAUCGUGCGCUGGUUCAAGGAGAACAGAUGUCUGCUCAAAACCGGCACCCCCAAGUGGAUGGAGCAGCCGCAGCCCCAGCAGGCGGUGGACGACCACGGCUAUGAGGCCGUCCCCCAGAAAGCCAGCAAGCCCACCAUGGCCGAGAGCCCCAGGAGUGGCAGCGAGGCCACGCAGCAGCACCAGGACCACAAAAAGCUCUGCGACGAGGACUUAGAGAAGCUGGGGUCCAAGGUGAAGAUGGGUGGCGAGCAAGCCAAAGACUGUCUUGCCGCCAAGGCCCCAGAGGCCGCCUCGGACAAGUCGGAGGGCAGCAGCCGGGAUGGCCAGGGCAGUGACGAGCACGAGGAGGCGGGCGUCGUGGACUGGGUGGAGGUGACGGUCGGCGAGGAGGACGCCGGCUCGGAGCGCUCGGAUGGCUGGAGUCAGGCCGCCCCCGAGGGCCCAGCAGAGCUGGCCGACUCGGACUCUGACAGUGUGCCCGCCGAGGCCGCCCGGGCCUAG